UUUUAGUCAAGUUCUGGUGGCAAAUUGUUGAAACACAGCUUGCCUGCCACUUACUCUCAGGAACUCAAUUAGCACGUACAACAGUCACUCGCUCGCCUAAAGAAGCGAGCACCCGGUUGAUUUUUUAUUUUCCCCCCAUCUCUCUCUCUUUCGUCGUUCUUGUUCUUCGUAUGUGGAUGUACUUUCGGUCUAGAUUUAACAUCAUCACCAAUUUUAUAUUUUACGUGAGACUCGGAUUCGGUUUCGGAAAGUAAACCGAGGCACGAUCACGAUCUUGUGAGGGCACCACGACAGGAGCAAUGCCAAGGGGAGACCAACAAAUUCAAAUUCAAACAAUCGAGGAGCGUCAAAGCAAAAAUCUUGAUCUUUUGUCUUACAUGCUGCUGCAAAUGAGGAUCUGGAGGAUCAGCAUGGAAGUAAGUAGAUCGCAAUCGGUUUAUUUUCGGCAAGAACUGGAUCUUCUGGAGCUGAAUUCUUUAUAUUUUCCUCCAUGGAUUUUUAAAGUUUUACAACAGCGAAGAACCAAAAGAGUUCUAGCGAGUAACUACAGCUGGAGAACAUCAAAAAGAAGAACAAACUCCGACUUCGACUUUCCCAAGCAGAACUAAGAAAGUUUUCUAUAUUUUUAUUGGUGUUUUGAUUUUAUUACAUUGGCAUUGCAACAUAUCUGUUACUGUUUUUGAAAACCGGCGGAAAAUAAGAUGAAAAUCGGAUCCACCACGACCAUGUUGAAAAUGUCUCUGGCCGCAGCUCCGGCGUGCAUUAGUUUCCUGUUUAGUUCUCUCGCGGCAACUCCUGCGCCGGGCGUUGUGGUUCAUGCGGUGCAGUUGACGGCCGAUCGUGGCGAAGCUGCGAGAGAGGCCCAUGAAGCCGCGAAGGAGGCCCGUAGAGCCGCGAGAGAGGCCGAGGAGGAGCGUCUGAAGGAGUUAAAGGAAGGCCUGAAUGAUGCCGAGAAGACAGCCACGUCGAAAAAGCGCGACGCCGAGCAAAAUGCCACGUCGGACAAGCACGAGGCCGAGCAGAAAGCCAAGUCGGACAAACAUGACGCCGAGAAAAGAGCCGCUGAGGAGAGGCAGUCCGCGCAGCAACGCGUACUAUCUGAGCGGGACGAGACGAACGCGACAGCGACUGCAGUGGAACGGCAUCGGAAGCUGAUGAGGUGGACUGAGGAACUGUGUCAAACCCAGGGCAACGAUGCGAUCGCGGAAUUCUUGGCGAGGAACCCGUAUCAAAUGUAAAAAUGUCUGGGUCUGGAAGAAUGCAAGUUUGUCAUGCUUGUCUGGCAUGACUCGAGAAUCUGUGUUGCAUAGGCACGAAAAGGCCCUCUCACCUGUCAUGCAAAAACGCAGUUUGCCAUGCGGAAUACGUAAGACAUGGCAGCCAAAAAAUUUGUCAUGCAUAGCUGCGUAUUGCACUGCGUCUAUCAUUCACUUUUAGCAUUACAAGUUUCCAGACCCAGACAUUUUUGCAAUCCAUAACCCGCUCAAACCGAGCUCGGAAGCGUGCGAGGAAGGACUUGGUAGUCCUUCCUAGGCCAGAGGAGAGACGAGAAAUCUGUCAUGCUAGGUUCUGUAUGCCAGAGGAGGUCAUGGAAAACCUGCAUGACAAGGCUUGCAACCUUCCAGACCCAGACAUAUUGAUAUUUGCAAUCCAUAUCGUCCCGCCCAUUCUUCAGUGCUCCUUUCUACGCGAUAGACAAAGAGUACCUGAAGAGGGCUUGACAAAUUUAUUAUAGCCAAGCAACCAACCUCUAGUACAUCAAAGAUUAGAGUUACAAUGUGCAUCAAGUUUUAAGCAGUCAUCUCUCUGCUCGCCGCCGUUGCGAGUUAAUAGCUCUGCUGAUAUAAUCUUCUCCAUUUUUGGCCUGAAAUAAACUGUUUAUACUGUUGGCGGUUAUUUUUUGUACUCCACGACCAAAAGAUAAAGGAGGAUGAAGGCUUCUGAAGAUUCAAAGAAAAAGGUGGAACAAAAAUUGCUGAAGCUCCUCGUUGCAUGGUGAGAGCACCAGGAUGCGCGAUGUUGCGCACCACCGACAGCUGAGCUUGUAGCUGUCGUUGCUCCUGCGCUGCAUCGAAAAACUUUAGUAGAAUGAAUCAACUACACAACCCUACUAGAAGCGAAAAACGCAUUGAAGAUCUUCAUGCUACCACCCGGAACUGCACGGAGUUUAGAU